AUGUUCGACCCCAGUGCCAGCGUGACCCGGCGGCCGGCUCCGGUUACAGACCCGCGCACCUGGACCGUGGAGCACAUCCACGCGUGGCUGCGUUGGGCCGAGCGCAAGUUCGAGCUGGCGCCGCUGGACGUGCGGCCGUUUCCGAGCACGGGCCGCCAGCUGUGCGAGCUGAGCCGAGCCCAGCUGGCCGCUCUGGUCGGCACCCGCACCGCCAAGUGUCUGCGCUUCCACCUGCACUCGCUCAAGAAACGCGUGGGCGCCGACUCCGGCAGCGAGGACGAGAGCCCGCCGGCCUCGCCAGCCUCCUCGCCGCUCUCGGCCGAAGGGCGCCUGGCGUCGAUAUGA